UCACGAUCAUCGGUGCGACCGUAAAAUCAACUGCCAACGCAUGUCGCCUGCUUUCCUUGCGGACCGUUGGGCUUCGUCGCCCAAGGCGAUCUUCUUAGAGGCAGAUGCACUGGACACUACAUCCUUCCGCGCGGUGAUCAUCUUGGGGAGUAUCGCGCUCUUCGUCGUCGCCGCCUUCAUCACGUUCCUUGGAUACAAGCACUUUUCGACGGCGCUCGUGCUCCAAGGCGCCAUUCUAGGAGGCUACAUGGGAUGGUACAUUGGCAGCGCGUUCGCCGAUUCGUCUGAGACCAAGAGCGUCAUGGUGCAUUUGUCUGUGGCGAUAGUCCUGGGGCUCUUCCUCGCCGUGUUUACAUGUUGCAUGAAAGGCGUCAUGCGAUUCCUCUUUGGCUUUGCGCUGGGGGUUCAAAUUGGCUCGGUUGCCAACAUCGUCUGGCUACACUCGUUGACUUUGGGUAUUAACGAGAGCAACCCAAACAACCUUGGCUACGUCGUCAUGGCAGCAGUCGGACUCGUCUUGGGAGCGCUGGCCUUUGUCUCUGGCAGAAAGGGCCAUAUCGUGCUCACAGCGUGGGUGGGGGCGUACUGGGUCAUUCAGGCUGUAGGCAACUUUUUCGGCAAGUACGUUGUUGAGACUACAAUGUGCAGUCUAUUUGUGUUGCCGUCGGGAUCAUGCAUAUUUUGUAGCUUCCCAUCCCUCUUCUAUCCGUUUCCGCAAGACGCGCGCACUGCGACGGUGUCCACUUCGUACUUCAUUUACAUUGGCGCGUGGGUGCUCUUGGCAGUGGGUGGCAUGGCCACACAGCUCCACUUGACCACGUUUGACAGCAACUACCACGACAUGGUCGACCCUGACGAUGCAGACGACAUCAGCCUGGAGAAGGACUUGCACAAAAGCCACACCCCGUACAAAAACGUGCAAGAUGUGUCCGUUUGAAGUUGUUGGCUGCUUAUAUUUUCGAGAAAUUGCAUAUGGGCUGAUAAUCUGUUAAUUCAUUUCGUGGAGUAUGCUCCACUUUGUAACCCGUG